UUUGGAUAAGGCAAGGAAGAAGCCUUGGGAAUUGGGAUGACUGAUGGUGCAUCGCGCCGCGUGACCGUGGUCGGUCACCGGUACCCGCGUGGGAGCCUCCCUCCCGGGGAGUUUCCGGGAAGCCGCCGCCGCCGCCGCCCCGCAAACCGCGACCACAAAGCGGCUUGACCCACGCAGACGGACUGACGGACGCUGCCUCUCCUCCUCACUCUCGCGGGCGACUUGUGGCGGCGGCUGGCGAACGAGAGCGUCGAAGGCGGCAGAGAAGUACAACAAAGAGCAGCAAACUGGAGCCAUCCUUCGAGUCUCGAUCCUCUGAGUAGACUGCCAUGGCGCUGUGGACAGGGCUGGGUCAGGCGGCGACAGUGGCGCAGCUGGUCGGUGCGGACGUCGGCGGCCUCAUCUCCAUGAUUGUGCAGGCCGCGAUGACGGCUCGUCAGAACAAGAGUGAGUGUGAGCAACUUGCUCGUCGUGUCCUCAUGAUCGCGUAGCUGCUGCCGCACGUGCAGGAGCCGGAGCCGGAGGCGGCGCAGCCGCUGGCCGGGCUGGGCGAUGCUCUUCGAGACGCCCACGAGCUCGUUGUGUCCUGCCAGGGGAGGGGCGCGGCGUACCAGUUCGUUAUGGCUGGCAGGACGGCCGAGAGGUUCAGGGAGGUUCAGAGCAAGAUUGACUCCUACCUAAUCCUCUUCCCGGUGAUCAGCCACAUCGGCAUAACACGCCGCCUUGAUCGAAUCUACAAUGUACUUGUUCAAGAUGGCUCCACCAGAGAUGAACCGUCUCGACUUCCACAGUCGUCCCAGUUGCAGGAGUCUGCGGAGGUUGUUCAGGAGGUACUAUCGCAAGGAAUCAAGGAGUUCACGUUGGCGGAGAUCAUAGCUGCCACCAAAAACUUCGCCCAUGACACAAUGAUGGGUCACGGCAGCCAUGGAAGGGUGUACAGGGGGAGGCUUCACGAUGGACGAGAGGUGGCCAUCAAACGCAUGUCAGAAAACAUACAGCUGGAGGACUUCCGCACGGAGCUUGACGUCGUAGCACAGCUACAACACAAGCAUAUCAUCCACCUCCUUGGAUGGUGUGUGAGCAGUAAGGGCAAGCGCCUGCUAACCCGGCGAACAAAGGAGUUAGAAAGGCUGAUCGUGUACGAGUACAUGGAGAAUGGCACGCUCUUCGACCACCUGCACCGAAAUCAGGCCGGCUCCUCUAUGCCGUCACCGGUGACGAUGUCUUGGAAGAUGCGCAUCGAUGUGCUCCUCCGUGUUUCACAAGCAAUAGAGUACAUGCACUGUCAUUCCAACCCUCUGAUCAUCCACCGUGACAUCAAGUCAAGUAACAUCCUUUUCGAUGUUAGUUGGGUGCCUCAUGUUUCAGAUUUUGGCUUGUCAGUCGUCUGGGACAUGGCGAGUGAGGUGUCGUGGUUGGAUGUCACCGUUAGAGGCACACUUGGGUACAUCGACCUUGAGUACCUUCACACAGGUCAUCUGAAGCCGGCGAGUGACGUGUACAGCCUCGGCGUGGUUAUGCUUGAGGUUCUGACAGGGAAAAAGGCGUUUUCCCAAGCAAAGGAGGAGAUGAAUAGAGAUCUGGCAUCCUUUGCAAUCCCCAUCAUUGAGGCCGGAAAUAUUGAGGAGAUGCUAGAUAGGCGACCUGUACCAGAGCCAAUGCCAUGGCACCUGCACGCAUUGAAGCGUGUGGCGCAGAUUGCACGAUGCUGCGUGAAGUUUGCCGGGAAGGACCGGCCUGCAAUAUCAGGCAUCGUUGCCAACCUCGAGACGGCAUGCGAGUUGAUCUGCAGAGAUGAGCCAGAUUCAGUUGACAAGUCUGGUUUGUGGCCCUUCCUUGAAAAAGUUGACGACUCACCAGACUCUCCACAUGCCAGGAGCAUGCCUCUGUUCUGAUCUGGAACCUGAGGUGCUGGAGGAUGGGCCUUGGCACCAAUCGUCCAAGGUGCAUUAUACCGUGGCAGGCUUCACGGCCGGUGACCAAGUGGCCGUCAAUCACAUUAGCCACCCGACGAGCAUCAUUAGGUAAUCCCCCGGUUCUAGUAAUCUGCAGGCUUAAGACAGAGCAUGGGAUGGACUCACACUAUUAUGUAUAGUUUGCUUCUACACCACCCACCCUACCUUUUCUUUUGAAUCCCAGAACCAUAGACCAAUUGUGUUACGGCAUUUUCAUACAGUAAUUAAAUAAAGUACAUAUGUACAAAUGAAGCAAAAUACAAGAAAGGUUUAUCCAAUACCAGCCCUAGGUAACAUAGAAAUUGGAGUAAGAGACGAUAAUAAAGUUGGUACUGUGGACAAAGAAUGAAUGAAUGAUGCUGCGGAUGUCGUUAUAUAUGUAAUGUAGUGUCGUGGCCAUAGUUUAGAAGCCUGAUGUAGGAUGUACUGCUUUCUGUUUCUUCGUAGAAGAGUUGCAGUCUUGUAUGCAGAAGCUCAGAAACCUCAAUAAGCAGGCAUAGUUGGCUGGGGUAGAGUUCCCCUUCAGCUGAUUUUGGA